AUGAAUAUAGAGGCAACAAAAGGAGAUUUGACUGAUCUUUCCCGACGUGCAUUUGAGCUCUGGCAACGACUCCCGGUCGAGAGAACAGAGAGACAGAUGGAGGAUGGAUUUGCUGGAGAGAGAGGGAGAGAGCGGGUCCAAAAACAAUGGGCCGACCCAAGUGAAUUUAAAGAGGCGAACGACGUCCGCUGGGACUUCUUGGGAUUUGGACAGGCCGGAGAGAUCAGGACAACAGUGCGCAAUGACGGCUGUCUGUCAAGACUGUUCUCUGAGAGCAAGCGAUGGGAUAUAGAAAUAGUAGAAAUGGUCGAACUGGUCAAGGUGAUGGAGACUGUUUCGUGUGCAGUUGAAGCGGAGAAGAAAGAAAAAGGAAGAAAAAAGAGAACAGAAGAGGUUGGGAGCAAAAAAAACAGCAGGGGGGCCACGAACAGGCCGGAAAGGCAGGAAAAUGUUGGUGUGUACGGUAUGUACGGUAUGAACAAAAUGGACGGAAUGUUCAAGUACCCCAAUACCACAAGCGAAGGACGUAAUAUUACGCCAAUUAGCCGGGGGUGGGGUUUGGGUGGCGGCGUGGGGUUAAUUAAGACAGAGUGCGUGGGCCUUGACUUCAACCCAACAGCUGCUAUGUUACUCAUUUGGCCUAUUGUCAACCCUCUGAUCCCCUGGAACAGCCCAGUCCAUCCCCAUCCAGCUGCUCGAUGA